AUGAGACCGCGAGGAGCAUCUAGGGGCAACAUCACCGUUGUCAGCCACGACGACGCCUACACCUUUGCAUUACGUGUCGCCUACCUCAACUACCUUCUCCAACCAAGACAGAAACGAAAGCAAUAUGUCGCCGCACCGAAGCCCGCGCAGAGAUCGCACACUAGUGUUACUGAACUGGUCGGCCAAUUUGUCUCGUCGGGCUCCAACAGCAUCAAGUUGCCUCACGGCUUCCAAAAACCCCUGGAAAAGAGGCUUAAGAACGUUCUAACAGGCAAGGAACCUAUGCAAGGUUUCAACGACUCGGCUCUCAAGCGAAGCUUCGCUGAGGCAUACACUGCAUUCACCGAUAAGAAUUUUCAAAAGUCGGUCGAGAAGGAUCGCAAGCUUGAGCCUUACGUCCUCAUGUUUUACUCGUCUGCCACCAAGGCCAACCAGAAGUACGCUCAGUUAACAUCGGCAACGGAUGAUUCAUGGAAAGAAACAGCCGACAGGCACAUGGCUAUGUUCAUCAGGCUAGUGGCUCAGACUCUUCGAGAUCAGGGGCACGACAGAGACCGGCCCGAGCUGAUGAGCCGGUUGCACACACUGGAGAAUAAACUACUUACUAGAGACCAGAACCUGUCUCUCGAUUCCGCCGGGGAUGGAGGUAGUUACAUUGAGGUCCCCGCCCCCUUGAGCUACGAUAUUAAGGAUAUGCCGAUGGUUCUUACUGUAGCGCGCAUAUUUGGUCGAUCCAAUUCCGAAGUGCAGGCUGAUCUCGAGGCCAACCGCCAAGUUUGGACCGAAGAGAACGCCAUCAAGGACAUGAAGAACUACCAGCAAAGGCUGGCCUCGGAUGCGCCCGGCGCUCUAAGAAGCCAGGACUUCGAUCUCGAAGACGCUUUUCAAGAAUGGAAGAGAGCCGAAGCACCGCAUCUUUCCCAAAUCAUUUUAGAGAUACUGACGGUCAAACCCGAGCUGGCCAAGACGUCGACGGCAGGAGCGGACAAAUCGCUCCCUGGACGGCCUCAGUCCACCUUCUUUGGGGAAGAGCAGUCGUACUCUGAAAUCAGCAAAUCGAUCUCCAGCCCUGAUGGAUCCAUUAUGAACUUUGACAGUUCCAUUGGUUCUUUGUCUCUCGAUGAUUCGAAUCAGGCCUUCGACGAGGUUGUUUACACUUUUGUCCCCAACGACUCUAGGGCUUUCUACAAGGCCAUUCUGAAAGACUGCAUGACUUACGAUCAGUUGCAUGCUGAUCCGGCGGCGGAAUACACCCCACUCUCGCAGCCGUCUAAGGAUCUCCUCAUGGAGCUAAGCGUCUACUGGCGGCUGCCGCAGUUCUCAAGACUCAUUGCCUUCAUUGAGGUAGCCGUCAAGAAGUUUCUUGACGGAGAGAUUCUGGCCGAUGAUCUCCUUGUGGUCAUGGACAACGCAAAGUCAUCGGAACCGGAGAGGAAGAAAGCGCCACACUUGUACCAAUACAACAUCGGUCUGCGCGAUAUCGACCAAAGCCGCUGGACGAUGCACGAUUUUGCCGUAUAUCAGCAGACGCUGAACAGUCUCUACGAUGCUCUGCUGCGGGAUCUUUACAACUUGAUGCUCAACUGCUACGGUCCCAAACCACCAAACAUCGGGUCGGUCAUGACUCUGCUGGAGGACCAUGUUCAAUCCGACCCUGCAUUUCCAGCAAGGCCCGAGCAGGUCCAGGAGUUCGCUGUGCAUCUUACCGAAGGUUUGCGACGUGCCGCAACCGACGCCUACGACGUCUUUGUCCACGAGAAACUACCUAACCAUGCCUCGGAAUGGGAGUUUACCCACGUUGUUGAACUCGGACGGGCGGUCACCAAGCUUUCCAAUAAGAUCCAGAAGCGGUACAAAAAUCUUCCAGAGAUUAUGGGCGUCAAAAUAUGGCAGAUCUUGGUGGAGGUCAUGUUUCCUAGCUACGAGCGGGAUGCCCAACACAUCAUUGAGCGGACAAUUGCGGUCGCCAAGGAGAAGGACAUGGAAAUCAACAUGCAGGAUGGCUUUGAUCUCUACAAGGAGCUGGUCGAAAUGCGGCGCACGCACCAUGCCGCAUUGCCGGACAAGCCUUUCGAAUUCCAGAUCGAGGAACUGCUUGUGGACUUUGUUUGGCGAUGGGUUCGCAACGCAGAGAACGUUAUGGUGGAAGUAGUCGAUGGUGCCAUCAGUCAAGAUUCGUUCCAAGUUCGUACCAACGACCCAAACAGAAUACCUACGGAUGCCGAGCGGCACAGUACUUCCGUCAUUGAUAUAUUCUUGAUGUUCCAUCAAACCAUGGAACAGGUCUACCAGCUCGAGUGGGACAGCGAUGUCCACCAUGCUAGAUUCAUGACGGCGCUGGCACGAUCCUACGCGGCUGGCAUCGGACAGUACUGCGAUGAGCUCGAGAAACGCUUUGCGAAAGAGAUGGACCGGCCCACGGCACAAGAGAUCGCCGCGAACAAAACAGCUCAAGAGAAGUUCAUGCAGUACGCCCAAUAUGCUCGAGACGCCUGGAACACGAAGGACGCCCCUGAGCCCUUCCAGUUCCUUCCCGAGUCUUUUGUCAAACUCAACAACAUCGAGCAUGCCAUGCAAGAGCUUGAUAAGCUGGAAAAGGCUAUGAACGUUGAUGCGUGUGCUGAAGUGUUGCGAAGAGCCGAAGGUCUUGGAAAGCAGCAAGCCAAACGGCCUAACAAAUACGUCUUCACGAUCAAAGUGGUAGAGGCCGAAGACCUCAAAGCCUGCGAUCCCGGGGGUUUCAGCGACCCCUACGUGGUUCUUGGAGACGAAUACCAGAAGCGUCUUUAUAAGACACGCAUUAUUCAUAAGAGCUUGAACCCCCGCUGGGACGAGUCCGUCGACAUCACAGUCUCGAGCCCCCUUAACAUCAUCGCCACCAUCUGGGACUACGACACCUUUGGCGAUCAUGACUUUGUCGGUCGCACCUCGCUCAAGGUCGACCCCAUUCACUUCAGUGACUAUUUGCCCCGCGAGUACUGGCUCGAUUUGGACACGCAAGGCAGGAUUCUGCUGCGUGUGAGUAUGGAAGGCGAGCGAGACGACAUCCAGUUUUACUUUGGAAAGGCGUUCCGACACUUGAAGAGAACGGAGAGAGAUAUGGUUCGCAAGAUCACCGAUAAGCUCCGGGCUCAGAUCAGCGCCACAAUCUCUCACGAGACCCUGCGAAGCUUGGUCAAAGGUGGUGGCAUCGGCUCUCAAGUGGCCGGCCUGUGGAAGAAGAGAGCUUCAACGAUGCCAACCGUCACGACGGCCAGCGAUAUUGAAGGCGCUUUGCAGCCGCUAUUCCACUACUUUGACGAAAAUUUCGCCAUCAUGAAGCAAACUCUGACGGACGCUACGAUGUUGGCGGUCAUGACACGUUUGUGGAAGGAGGUCCUCCAGGCUAUUGAGCACCUGUUGGUACCACCCCUGUCCGAAAAGCCAUCUUCGCAAAGGCCCUUGUCCCAAAAGGAGCUUGAUAUUGUCUACCAGUGGCUCAACUCACUGUUCGAGUUCUUCAAUGCGAAGGACGACUCCGGAGAGCAGCUGGGUGUGCCGCAGGACGUUCUGAAGUCUCCCAAGUGGCAUGAACUGGCAGCCCUGAAUUUCUUCUACUUUGAGCAGACCGACAAUCUGAUUCGGGAGUCUGAGCGCAUGGCGGCUGCCAACGCCCAGCGCGCGACUCAGAUGCUGCUCCAGGAGAAGCACGAAAACCGUCUUUCGGCGCCUGCAACAUUCGGGCCGACCUUUAGCGGUGGGCCAGGUGCUUUUGCCAGCAUGGGCACUAUCCGACGCGGCAAGAGCAUCAUGAUGAGCCGCAACUUGGGCACAAUGAGGAAGGCCAAGGAGGAGAAGCGCAAGGAGGCCCAGGCGGAUCCCAGCGACGACAUGAUCCUCCGCAUCCUCCGCAUGAGGCCUGAAGCAGCCAACUACCUCCGGGAGAGACAUCGCCAAAAAGAGCGCCAGGCCGCUGCGGCGGCUGCGGCGCUAAUUGUCAAGAACAGCGUCAACCAGGGAUGGAACACGGGGGGGGCGUCUGCAUACCGGGCUAACAACCUGCCCAGACGAUGA